GGUAUAUAUGAUAGACGGUGUGUUCAUUCAUUUCUUGUAUUCUUCACUAAAACAUUCUUAAUAUCACCAUGUCUUUCGACUCCUCAAACCACCCAAUUAGUCCUGACUUGUAUUGCAGUGAAGUAACUAGCGAAGUGAUUCACUUGGAUUCCGAUGAUGAGGCUCUGAAGUUCAAUGUUCUAUGGGGAGACUCUGAUCAUGAUGAUAGUGAUGAUGAAAGCAUUCUAUUGAACUUGUUAGAAUCCGAACACAACCAAGUGCAAGAACAAACAAAGUUCCUAGGACAACAACUUCGCAAAAAAACAUGGCUGAUUAAUGCUCGAGAAGAGGCCAUAAAUUGGAUCCUAAAGGUGCAUGCAUACUACAGUUUUAAACCCGAGACAGCGUAUCUUUCCGUAGAUUACUUCAAUCGUUUCCUCUUGUCACACACCUUUACGCAAGAUAAAGCAUGGCCUCUGCAGCUGCUAUCAGUGACUUGUCUUUCACUAGCAGCAAAAAUGGAAGAAAGCAAAGUGCCACUUCUUUUGGACCUGCAAGUGAUCGAGUCAAGGUUCCUGUUUAAGCCCAAAACAGUUCAGAGGAUGGAGCUUUUGGUUAUGGCCAGUCUCAAGUGGCGAUUGCGCACUAUAACCCCUUUUGAUUUUGUGCAUCUUUUCAUUUCCAAGCUUUUGUGCUCUGCUUCCACAUGGGGAGAUUUAAGUUACAUUGUUUCUCUUGUCUCGGAUGUUAUCAUCAGAACAUGUCUAGUCAUGGAUUUCUUGGAGUUUUCACCAUCCACAAUAGCAGCAGCAGCACUGUUAUGGGUAACCAAUCAAUGUGUAGAUGACAAGAAAUCAUAUUGCCUCCACAAGAAUAUAAGCAUUGAAAUGGUGAAGAAAUGUUACAAACUAAUGAAGCAGAAACUCAUCAUUCGCCGAUCAGAACUUUAUUGGCCAAAGACUUCACAAUUAUUGCCCCGAAGUCCCACCUGUGUGCUUGAUCAUGCAGCAGCUAUGCAAGAAAGCAGUGAUGCUCACAAGCUCUGACUUGAAGCCUUGCCACGUGUGUGUCACUAGCCAAGGAUGCUAGAACAUUGCUUUCAAAUUUGUCCAUUCCUGAUUCAUUAUGAUUUCUUUGAUUUGGUGUGAGUGUGAUUGUGUGCGCGUCUUCCAUAAGGUUCAUCAUGGAACAUUUGAUUAGGUGUGCAUUUUUCAACAAAGUUCAUCAUGGACAUUUCUGACUGUAAACGAAAGUACUUACUAUAUUGGAAAAUUCCACGACGUUAUUGAUUUUCCUCUUUGAAAAGAAAUGAAAAGUUGUACCUUUUUUUUGUUGUGUGAACUGUGAAGCCAAUUUUUCUCACAAGUAAAUAAAAUUCCUCCUUUUUGUGAUUA